CCCCGCCCCCGCCGUCAGCCGGAGCGCGGGCGGUGCCGGAGCGGCGGCCGCCAUGGCCCCGGGAGCGGCGGUGCUGCUCCGGGCGCUGCGGUUCCUGCUGCUGCUGGCGGCCGCCGCCCGCCCCGCCGCCGCCUGGGACCUAUGGGCGCUGCGCUGCGGCUUCUCGGCGGACUGCGAGUGCGGCUUCGGGCCCGACCUGCGCGGCCUGGAGUGUGACUUGGCCAUGAACCUGGUGGGGCAGCCCCUGGUGAGGCAGCAGGUGAUGAAGGGAGUGACGGAGUUCCUGGAGAACCAGAAUCCGGUGAAACCCCUUGUGAUGUCCUUCCAUGGCUCGACUGGAACAGGCAAAACCUACGUGAGCUCCAUGCUCAUCCGAUACCUCUUCCAGGGUGGGCUCCAGAGCCCCUACGUUCACCACUUCUCUCCGAUAGUGCACUUCCCCCAUGCUGAGCAGAUAGAGCAGUACAAGGAAAGCUUGAAGCGCUGGAUCCAAGGGAACUUGACAAACUGUGGACGGUCGGCCUUUCUCUUUGACGAGAUGGACAAGAUGCACCCGGGCCUGGUCGACGUGAUCAUACCAUUCCUGGGACCCUCGUGGGUUGUGUAUGGGACCAACUACCGCAAAGCGAUCUUCAUCUUCAUAAGCAAUGCAGGAGGGGAGCAGAUCAACGAAAUGACGCUGGAUCUCUGGCGUGCCCACAAGGACCGGGAGGAGAUAAGCCUGCAGGACCUGGAGCUGGCCAUCUCCAAAGCCGUGUUUGAAAACCCUCAGAGUGGAUUCUGGAAAUCUGGCAUCAUUAAUGAACAUCUCAUUGAUUUUGUUGUGCCCUUCCUCCCAUUGAAGCGCCACCAUGUAAAGCAGUGCGUCAUCAGCGAACUUGUCCAGCAGGGGCUCGAAGUACGUCCUGAUGUUGUCCAGGAGGUUGCUGACAGCAUCCCCUACUUCCCAGAAGAAGAGAAAAUAUUCUCAUCAACAGGCUGCAAAACAGUGGCCUCUCGGAUCAGUUUUUUCUUUUAGUCACUGGCAAGACCCGUGCUUGGAUCCAUAGGGCGUAUAUAUGGGGCUGUAAAGCAGCAGAGCCCAGGCCUGGCACGAUAAGCAGCAGGAGCUGCAUGUUGCCUCUCGGCAGCACAAGUGUUCUCCUGCUGACCUCAUUUCUCCAGCACCAAAGAGGCCGCUGCAGGAUGCAGCUGUGGGACCAAGUGCAAGUGAUGUGAUUUUAAAGCACUUUACUGAUUUACCCUUGGCCAGGUGAGGGUGGGUAUGACCAGCCUGGCGCACCCUCUGAGAUGUCUGUGAUGACAAGGGGAAGAAGCUAAGAGGGUCUGCAGUGUCAGAGAGGUUUCUCACCCUGUUGGCAGCACCCACCCGCAGCUCUCCCCUCUCCUGGCAGCUAUUGAUAUUCAACGUAUGAAGAUUCUGAGCCCCCAGAAGAAUAUUUAUUUCCUACAGCAUUUUAAUAGUUUAAAAUCUUCUUAAGCAUGGCUGUGACUCAGCUCUUUGGAACAAUGUGACAGCUCUGGUGCUGACUCCUGCAGUGCUGGCCUGUGAACACCUUCAACAUUGCAGCAAAGUUUUCAAGGAAGUUUUAGAGCUUACUUCUUUCCAGCUUCCUUUCACUGUGAAUAGGUGCUGGUAGGGACCAGCUUCACCAUCAACAAGCAUGGGGCUAAUGUGGGAGAUGGCAACACCUGAUCUGCCAAGAGCCAGGUUCUUCCUACUGCCCUCUUGUCCAUCUUUCCUCUAAGGUCCAAAGAAUUUUCCUGCAGCGAACCAGGAAAACAACAAAAAAAGACUCCUUGCUUGUUUUACCAGCUACAAAAAAAUUUCAGUCCUACCUCCAGGGGAGCCGACGGAGCCACUAGUAGUUUUGAAAAUUUCUUUUCUUCAGCGGUGAUUUCUACAGCAGGCUGAGAGCUGGUGCUAUGCGCUAUUGAGCCUCUUGUACAUCCUUCUGCUGGUCAGACCUUGCAGGGCUUGGAUGGGCCAGCGUCCAUGCAGCUUCUGGGGAGUGUCACUUACAACAGGGGACCUGGGGACAACUUAAGAUUAGUGCUUCACGCUGCCAAGUAUGACGUGCACAGUACCACUGGCCUUUGCCCAGGUUUUAAUCUCCUCUCUGCAGCCAGUUAUGGGAGAACAGGUCAGAGGAACCAGAAUUAUUCACUCUCUAGGAACAAACUGCCCAAGGGAUGGGUGCAGGAAUGCUUCCCAAAACUCCCCAAUGCUGCACUCGGGCCCUAUGCUGAAAUGAGCUGCCAGUGCUUGGGACCAUUCCAGCUCCAGAGGCCAGUGAUUUUAGACACCACCCCAAACACUGCCUGGGAGUUGGCCCACAGACAGGCCCAAAAAUUCUGCCUCUUCCAAAAAUGUUCUGCAUUUCUAAUUUUAAAAUAAAUUUUUUAUUAAAUAA